CAAUGUUUCACCCCAUUUUUUCAUAUUACAUUAGCUAGAAAGAGAGAGAGAAAAAAAAGUGGCUAAAAUGGUAAGAGCUCCAUGUUGUGAGAAAAUGGGGUUGAAGAAAGGGCCAUGGACUCAAGAAGAAGAUCAAAUUUUGAUAUCUUUUAUUCAAAAAUAUGGACAUGAAAAUUGGAGGGCACUUCCUAAACAAGCAGGUUUAUUAAGGUGUGGAAAAAGUUGCAGAUUAAGGUGGACAAAUUACUUAAGGCCAGAUAUUAAAAGAGGAAACUUUAGUGAGGAAGAAGAAGAAAUCAUCAUUAAGCUACAUAAACUUCUUGGAAACAGAUGGUCUGCAAUUGCAUCAAGGCUGCCAGGAAGAACAGAUAAUGAAAUAAAGAAUUUUUGGCACACUCACUUGAAGAAAAGAUUAGAACAACACAAUGAUCUAGCAUCUACUACAACUACCAAAAAAGGGCAUGAAAUGACAACAAAUGUUACACAAAAUAUUGAAGAGCAUCAUAUAAUUUCUUCAAAUUAUUAUCAAGAUUCACAAAAUAUUGUUGCCUAUCAUCCAACUUCAUGCCAUGAUCAAGAAGAUCUUCAAGAAAAUAAUUCAAGUUCUCAUGACACUCAAUCAAACAAGGAGGAGAACAUGCAAUAUUCAACAAAUUAUGGACAUGGGGACAUGACUAGGUUCAACAAUGAUAUGUUUUUUUGGUAUAAUGUCUUCAUGAGUUCCGGAAACAACGCGUCUGAUGAGAUCAAUUAGAGGCGUAUUUCAGGAUCAAGAGCCAGAAGGUUCACAAAAUAAGUGUGAUUUUAUUAUGUAUAUGUUUGAAUUUUUUCGUGUGAUAUGUAGACAUAUAGUUUGAGGCGAAAAUCUUAAUGGGCUUGGUUCAGUUGAACUCACAGAAAUCGCUCUAGACCCUGCCGCUAAAUUACUAAUUAUGAGAGUUGUAGUUCUACAA